CACGAUCGAAUGACUGACACUAAUGUACCCACUCAAAAGCCAACCGACUCUCUGGCAAGAGACGACACACACACAUGCCAUGCGAUCAGUCCACACGGCCCAAGAGCACAGUGCGAUUGAUUGUGGUCAGCCAGUCCGGCCCCAUCCCACAACCUGACUGCCCGAUGAGACAUGCGAUGCGCAGACCUGCGAUGCGCCGAAUAAGACCUGUUUUCUACAUACACGAAAGCUCACUCACACCACCACACAGAUGAACACACUGUAUACAACCUGACCUGUCUGCACGCAACACCAAAAACAGAACCACAAGACACUCGAUGGCACCAUUCUACCACACGCAGCAUCCCCCCCAACCCUACUUCCUGCUUGCCCCCGUUUCAGGCCUGCUCUUCCUCAGCGGCCCGUAGAUGACCCCAUCCACCGCCACGGCCUGCGCCGACGCCGACGCCGAUGCCGAUGCCGAUGCCGAUACCGCCCUUCUUUCCCCCUGGCCCCUCUGCGCCGUCUUCUCCCUCUCACUCUCCCUGUGCAUCGUGGCCUUGUAGUGUGACUGAGCCAUCCCCAGCAGUGUCAGUGGAGGAUCCGGCGAGCAGGUGCUGCGAUUGCCGGAGGACGAGUCGGCUCGCGACGUCUCUGGCGUAGGGAGGGCGUGGGAUUGGCACGUGCACGAGAAGGGCAGACACGGAGCCCGCUUGGCUGGCAGGUUUGUCCGAUUCGCUCUCCUCACCAACGAGUCCGUGAUCUCGAGCACCGUCCUGCGCGGCUCCCUAUCCUCUUGUCCUUCUUCCCUCUCGGCCACCAUUGUGUGUGGGAAUCGUGGUUCGCUCGUGUGGUCGCUCGGCGGCUGCUGCUCAGAUGAGUCGGUAUACGAUAGGCUGGCGCUUGAGGAAGACGGUGACGGUUGCGGUGAGAGGGGAGGGCCGGUCGGCAGCUGGUCGAUGUCUAUGUCUGGUGGGCAUGGGGGCGGGAGUGGCAGCAGUGGAGGUGGAAGGAUGGAGUCCUCGGACAGGUCGCUCAGCAGGGGCUUCAUGAGACCUGACGGCGGGGUGUCGUCGGGCAGCGAGAUCGACACACUUUGGGGUGACGCUGUCAGCCAGGCAGACACACACAGACAGCAAUGUGAGCUGCAAGUGCAGUGAGCUUGUGCAGCGUACGUACCCGCAUUCGUCGUUCGCGGCGACAUGCCGGGCAGCCCCGUGAUGGUCGUGACGGUUGGCAGCUCCGUUGGCACCGCACCCAUAGUGAUCGACAGCGCCUUUGGUGACACGAUCGGCAAGUCACACGCCCCGAAGGGCAUCAACGCCGACAUGAUGCCUCUGCCCACACACGAUGACGACCACAGGGAGGUCUCCACCAACGUCGUUGCACCGUCCCCGUCCUCCUUCCCCGCGGCCCCCCUGCUGAGCCAGCCCGGGCACCAGGUCGGCCGGCAGGCCACGACCCCAACCCCCUGUUUGCCGUCAUCCGCACCUUCAAUCACCACUCUGUCACGACGGCUGCUUGCCCCGGGAAACAGGCAACGCCCCUCUGAUGAUGGAACGGGCGACGAGAAGGGGGGCAUUGCCUGCGACCGAGAGCCGAGCGAGCGGCUGUAGAUGUAUGGGUGUGGCAGGAAGGCCGGGAAGUGCGGCGCCGCGACGAGGAAGGCUGUCCAGGGGUGUGAGCGGCAGAAGGUGUGGAUACAGUGAACGAAGUCGCCGUGGAAGUUGGCCUCGUGGCCGUUGAGGGGCGUGGGGGUGCUGGGCGCGUCAUCAUUGCCGUUGAGCGGGACAAUGCUGCUGCAGCAAAUGUCACCAUCGCCAUCGCCGUCGCCAUCUCCCUGUGCGAGUGAGCUGCCGCUCUCCCUGGCGACGCUGCUGCUCUUCUCGGGCGUGUCCUCGGGGACGUGGUCGAUGGCAAAACACCCACGGGGAGGCAGCUGGAGAGUGAGGGGAAGCUGCGCUGGUGUGGCCGCCAUCGCCUAGCGGAC